AUGAGAGAGAUCAUUAGUUUGAACGUCGGCCAGGCCGGUUGCCAGAUCGCCAACUCCUGCUGGGAGCUAUACUGUCUAGAGCACGGUAUCCAGCCUGAUGGAUACCUCACCGAGGAGCGCAAGGCUCAGGACCCCGACCACGGCUUCAGCACUUUCUUCUCCGAGACUGGCCAGGGCCGUUACGUCCCCCGUACUAUCUACGCUGAUCUCGAGCCCAAUGUUGUCGAUGAGGUCCGCACCGGUACCUACCGAUCUCUUUUCCACCCCGAGCAGAUGAUCACCGGCAAGGAGGAUGCCUCCAACAACUAUGCCCGUGGUCACUACACCGUCGGUAAGGAGAUGAUUGACCAGGUUCUCGAUAAGGUUCGCCGCGUUGCCGACUCUUGCGCCGGUCUCCAGGGAUUCCUCGUCUUCCACUCCUUCGGUGGUGGUACCGGUUCCGGUUUCGGUGCCCUCCUGAUGGAGCGUCUGUCCGUCGACUACGGUAAGAAGUCUAAGCUCGAGUUCUGCGUCUACCCUGCCCCCCAGAACGCUACCUCCGUCGUUGAGCCCUACAACUCCAUCCUCACUACCCACACCACCCUGGAACACUCUGACUGCUCCUUCAUGGUCGACAACGAGGCCAUCUACGACAUCUGCCGCCGCAACCUCGGCAUUGAGCGCCCCAGCUACGAGAACCUGAACCGCCUGAUCGCCCAGGUUGUUUCUUCUAUCACUGCUUCCCUGCGCUUCGACGGCUCCCUCAACGUCGACCUUAACGAGUUCCAGACUAACCUCGUCCCCUACCCCCGUAUUCACUUCCCCCUGGUCGCUUACUCGCCUGUCAUCUCUGCCGCCAAGGCCUCUCACGAGGCCAACUCCGUCACUGAGAUGACCACCAACUGCUUUGAGCCCCACAACCAGAUGGUCAAGUGUGACCCCCGCAACGGAAAGUACAUGGCCACUUGCCUGUUGUACCGUGGUGAUGUCGUCCCCAAGGAGGCCCACGCGGCCGUGGCUACUCUCAAGACCAAGAACACCAUCCAGUUCGUCGACUGGUGCCCUACUGGAUUCAAGCUCGGUAUCUGCUACCAACCCCCCAAGCAGGUCCCCAACGGCGACCUCGCCAACCUCAGCCGCGCUGUCUGCAUGCUGUCCAACACCACCGCUAUCUCCGAGGCCUGGUCCGCUCUCGACCACAAGUUCGACCUCAUGUACUCCAAGCGUGCCUUCGUCCACUGGUACGUCGGUGAGGGUAUGGAGGAGGGUGAAUUCUCCGAAGCCCGUGAGGAUCUCGCUGCCCUCGAGCGCGAUUACGAGGAGGUCGCCAGCGACUCCCUCGAGGAAGAGGAGCUGGAGCCCGAGUACUAG